GUCGCAAACAGCCACGCGUACCGAGCCGCAGAUCUUUUGGCGGCGGUCAUGCGUCGAUGUUUGCGUUGGGGUAAGGCCCAGGUGGUCGCAUCCGCAUGAUCGUCAAAGGAAGACUCGGCUUCAGAAGAUUUUGGUCGCUCUUGCCCAACUCGCAGCAAAGCAAUGGGAGCUGCACGUUCAAGCGUUCAAAGGCUGAGCCUGCUUCCAUUUUCAGCAAUGGUUGGGUCCUCCGCGCGCAGCGCCCGCCUGCCUCGCAGCCGCCUCGGCGACCCCGCUCUCAAAUACCCGCCUCAUUCAGCCCUGGAGAGCCGGGGAAGAAGCUCGAGGGCACCGUGAACGCGCAGCUGCAGGUUACCCGCUGCAGCGGCCGGAACGCGCUCGCCACCGCGGGCCCGCGCAGCCUCGCCGCCCCUGCACGCUGGCGCGCCCGCUUUUCGCGGCGCCUGGAUGCGCUAGUCUUUGUGAGGAGGGAGGAGGAGCGGCGGAGCAAGAAGUUCGCACUUAGUCCCGUCAAGACAAGCCGCAACAAAAUCCGCCUCGGUGCGUCGCUCUCGUGCCUCCGCAAGCCGCCAAUCGUGCCGGCUGGUCUCGCGCCCACUCCCGCCAAGGCUGCUUUCGUCGGCGCCGCCCUGGAGGCUGGAUGCCGCGCCGAGCUUGCUGGCGGUGGCCGCACCAACGCUGCCGCACCCCGGGCGAAGAGAUCCUCUCCGCCGCCAGACGGCGACGAUCUCCAGUUCCUCGACCUCCAGCUGGGCCCGGCGUCAACCAACCUCGAAGUUGACGAGUUCCUCCAGCUGCGCGCCGUCCGCCGCCGUCCGCUGCCUGCUGAACGCGCCGCCCGGAGCGCAGAAGCCAAGCUGGCUGAGCUCGUGCGUGCCGCAGCCAAGGCCCUCCUGCCCCCUCGCGCGGCGAUAUGGGUAUGGAUAUGGACACUUCAGACGAUCCUUCGGCGGCGGCGCGAGCGUAUGCGCAAGCACGACUUGCCCAUCGCGACGGCUCUGCGCGCGGCCGAGUUCAAGCAUCAUCCAGCGCCUGAGGCUGCCGGCGCGCAGUGCAGGUGA